AUGGGCUCGUCUCCGGUCCAAGGACACCCAGUUACCGUCAGUCUAAAAGAGCUCGAACAGGGGUCUGUGUCUUUCGAGACCUUAACAGAAGCUUUCGGCCCUUCUUCGCUCGGCAUCAUCGUUGUCAAGGACCUGCCCGCUCGCUUUCGCGACCUGCGGGCCACCGCCCUCUCCAAUGCCUCUCUCGUAGCGGCCCUCCCGCCAGCCGAGCUCGACGCCCUCUCGAGCCCCGCCUCCAAAUACCUCGUAGGCUGGUCCUGCGGCAAAGAAACCCUUCGCUCCGGCCGCUUCGACACGCUCAAGGGCUCCUAUUACGGCGCGCCCGCGGACCACUUCCCGGAUUUCCCGCAGUACACGGCCCCGAACCUCUGGCCCAGCCCGCAGCUCCUGCCCACGUUCCGCGGCAGUGUCGAGCAGCUCUGCGCCCUGAUCAUCGAUACGGCGGCGUUGGUGGCGCGGGCCUGUGAUCGCUAUGCGCUGGCUAACAUUGAAGGAUACAGGAGCGGCUAUCUGGAGCAUGUUGUCCGGACAAGCUUGACUACCAAAGCGAGGCUGUUGCAUUAUUUCCCUGCGGUGGAAGAUGUGGUCGGGAACAGGGAUGGUGGUGGUGAUGACGAUGACAGCGACGAUGAUGACAACGACGACGGUGAUGAUGAUGGUGAUGAUGACUGGUGCGCCACGCACGUUGACCACAGCUGCCUCACCGGUCUCACCUCCGCCAUGUUCGUCGACGAAGAGGCAAAUCCGCCCGCUUCACUCUCAUCGUCAUCAGCAACAGCAUCUAGCAACAUCCCCGAACUACCGAAUUCCCCGGACCCGAAGGCCGGGUUGUACAUCCGCUCGCGCACGGGACAGGUCGUCAAGGUGAAUAUCCCCAAGGACUGCCUGGCGUUUCAGACGGGGGAGGCGCUGGAGUUGAUUACCAGGGGCCGAUUCCGGGCCGUGCCGCAUUUCGUUCGAGGGGUAAGGCGUGCGCGGGGGAAAAUUGCGAGGAAUACCUUGACGAAUUCCACCCACAUUGGAGCUUCAGCUGCUCGUGCGGGAGGGGAAGUCGUUUGCGGACUUUGCGAGGGAGGUGGUUGA